AUGACCAAUUGCAUCAACACAGCCAUUCCCCUCAAUGACAAGUUUGCGGUGAUGGCAGUGAGUAACACCAGACGAAGCCGUUUGCUGGCAUUCACCGUCGUCGCUUCCGUUCUCGUUCUCGUUUGCUUCGUUUGGGGUCCAACGCCACCUGAACUACCGAUUCUUAACCAUGAUACCCACAGCGGCAGAAUACCAAGUAACGACAUCGAAAACGCCAACACCGCGCCAAAGAAAAUACCUACACCCACUUCAUCAUGGUGCGAAGGUGAUGAGUGCUCAAGAGGCUCCUGGAAACCUCGGAGCCCUCAAUUCACGUCUUUGGCUGACUUUCAAACGGCAUAUGCAAACCGUCAGGAUGGAACGUGGUCGCGAUGUCCUAGUCUGGCCCCUCCUGAUGUCAUUAGGACGGAGGAAGAACAACAGCGUGCGGAAGAGAAACGGAUCGUUGAUUUGAACAAUUGGGUUUGGAACCCAAGUUCUGGCAAGAUGAAGCAAUGGGACCCAGAAGCGUUUCUCGUUCGGUGUUUGAGGAGCCCCGGGGGCGUCAUUCUCAUCGGAGACUCGAUAACCCAACAGCAUUUUCAUAUCCUCGGUUAUUCAAUGAGGAUGGCUGAUAUUCAAUUCGACGUUGACCCACCCUAUCUGGCACUGUAUAAUCACAAAAAUGUGCACCAGCACGUUCUCAGACCAGGCGCGCCGAGCACGAAACGUAUUUUGGAACGAGCUGGGGUCCCAGAGUCGCGUCUCAGACGUCCGGUCAUAACCAUGCUCGAAGACCACAUGCUUAUUGGCGAAGCGGAUAUUCGCACGAUAACAGAACGGUUGGGUGCACCCAAAGUGUAUACCUGGUAUCACGACUUUCAACGCGUCGAAGAUUGGGAGACAUUCGUCAAGAAUUCAUCGACUCCCAGACGAGGAGAGGAAGAGACUGUGACCGAAGAUACAGUGCUCGUCAUGAACGCUGGUGCUCAUGCAAGACAUCCCAACUGUGGCGACCACACUGAGCCAUAUAUCAACGCCGCAGACGCUGAAGCGGCCGAACAGGAUGUUGUAGAGCGCCUCAUUGAGCCUUUUGAAAACGAGGACGAAAGAGUAGGCCGGAAGCAGUGGGACUGGGAUUUGUUCCAGGUCCAUAACCACGUUUGGAGACGAACCACUGCCCGACUCCAAAGAGAGAGGGAGGCCAUUCUGAAAGGGUCAGGGGUCAAUCCGUAUAAGCGCACUGGGGCUCAGUGGUUUUACAUGGAUCUUUGGGAUCAGAUGUUGCAAAGACCUGACGGGCAUCAAACACCGAAUCAAGACUGUCUUCAUUAUGUAUAG